AUGAGUGAAAUGGAAAACUUGCAGGCUCAAACACAGGCUAUAUUAUUAGCUUUAAAAACACAAAGCCAAGCGUUGGAACAGCUUCUGAUAUCUUCUAGUAAUUCCAGUAACGAAAUAAACCCAGCAGCAUCAGUAAGCCAUGCAACAAUUCAUUUCGAAUCUUACGAUGAGGAAAAAGAAUCAUUCAAGUAUUACAAAGAACGACUAGAAAAUUUCUUCGAGCUGAAGAAUUUACAUGGUAAUACACCAGAAAUACAAUUAUGUAAAGCAAGGGUGCUCAUAAACGCACUUGGAGUAAAAUAUUACCAGUUGCUAUCAAGUUUAACUGCUCCUGACCUACCAUCAUCUCAGCCAUAUCAUAAGCUGAUAACCUUAUUGGAGAAACACUUAUGUCCACGUUCAAACAUUCAUACCGAAAGACACAAGUUCCUUUCAAGAACACAGAAGGAAGAUGAAACUGUUUCGCAGUACAUUGCAGCAUUAAAAGACUUGUCAAGGACAUCAGACUGGAUUUGUCAAGAUCAGAAAUGUAAAAAGCCUAUUUCUUCAAUACUACAAGCACAGUUUAUUAGAGGAUUACAGGAUGUUGAAAUUCGGGAACAAAUACUACAACAAGGAGAUGAUAUUACUUUUGAAAGAGCUGUGGAAAUUGCACUUGCCAUAGAAGCAGCGAAAAGACAGAAUAAAAUUUACAACACAACUGUCUCUGAUAUUCAUCAAGUGAAGGACAAACAAACGAUUCAUUUGAAGAACCGAGGGAAGAAAAAGGAUCAAAAAUCAAACAGAAAUUUUAAACCGGACAAAAAUAAACUUAUAGAAGAUCUUGGGCUCAAAGACUUGUGUCUAUGCUGUGGAAAAGGGAACCACCGUGCAGCAGAAUGUCGUUCAAAAGACAAAUUAAAAUGCAGCAGCUGUGGAAAGAAAGGCCAUAUACAAAAAGUUUGCAUAUCAUCAAAAUCAGCAAACAAUAAAGCAGUUAAAUUCAUAGAGGAAGAUGGAGAACAAUCUGUUAUUUAUGAAAUAAACCAAAUAACAUCAAGUAGAAAUCAACCCUUUAUUGUUGCAGUGAAAAUUUUCAAGAAGAACCAAACUUUUGAGAUAGAUACAGGAAGUCAAAUGACUAUUAUGUCAAAAUCUGAUUUUGAUGGAUUGAAUCAUGGAGCAAGAAUGAGACCAACAUCGAUCCAGUUCCGAACAUAUACACAAGAGAUAUUCAGACCAUUGGGAGUGGUAAAAGUACCUAUUAAGUAUAAUAACAUUAAAACAUAUGGAAAUUUAUACGUGGUUGAAAAAGAAUCACCUCCAAUACUAGGCCGAGAAUGGAUACAUAAACUGGGCAUCAAUUUACAAGGUUCGUCAAACAUACAAAGACAGAACGAAGGUGCUGGUAUGUACAAUAUUGAAUUAUUGAAUGCUGAUAUAUUUAAGAAAUAUAGUGAUAUUUUCGAGCCAAUUGUGGGAAUGAUUCCCAAUGUAGAGUGUAACUUACAUCUGAAAGAAGAUGCAAAACCUAUAUAUUGCAAACCUAGACCAGUGCCAUAUGCUCUUUACAAUAAAACAAAAGAAGAAAUAGACUCACUUGUCUGUCAGGGUAUUCUAGAAAAAACUGAACAGUCUGAGUGGGGAACACCUUUGGUAAUUGUACCUAAACCAAAUAAAUCCAUUAGAAUAUGCGCUGAUUAUAAAGUCACAGUAAAUUCACAAUUACACGAUGCAAGAUACCCAAUUCCUCGUAUAGAAGAUAUAUUUAGUAAACAGAGAAAUGGAAAAUAUUUUUGUGUUUUAGAUUUACACAAGGCUUAUUUACAUUUAGCACUUGAUAGUGAUAGUCAGAAAAUAGCUACAAUCUCUACACCUUGGGGUACCUAUCUUGUGAAAAGACUUUUUAUGGGAAUAAAGACAGCACCAAAUCUCUUCCAUAAGGCUAUGGACCAAAUACUACAUGAUCUGGAUGGAACAGUUGCCUACUUUGAUGAUUUAUUAAUAACAGGUAACACAAUUGAAGAAUGUUAUGACAGACUUACUAAAUGUCUUGAUCGUUUACGAGCACAUAACUUACAUGUUAAUAAAGAUAAAUGUAAAUUCUUUGCUACUUCAAUUAAAUAUCUGGGACAUAAAAUUAGUGCUCAAGGGCUUGAAAAAUGUCCUGAAAAAGUAGACGCUAUAUUGAAAGCACCUCCACCAAAAAACAUAGAUGAAGCUAGAUCAUUUGUUGGCUUAGCACUUUAUUAUUCUCGAUUUAUUCCAAAUGCUUCUUCAAUUCUGUAUCCAAUAAAUCAACUUCUAAAGAAAGAUACACAGUUUAAAUGGACAAAUGCCUGUGAAAGGUCUUUCCAGAUGAUAAAAAAGGAAAUUUCCAGUGAGAAAGUUUUAAUAUCUUACAACCCAGAUCUUCCACUUAUAUUAGCUACAGAUGCCAGUCCACACGGACUUGCUGCUGUUCUAUCACACAUCAUAGAUGGAGAAGAACGACCAAUUUACUAUGCUUCUAGAUCACUGACAAGAAGCGAAGCAUCUUAUAGUCAAUUAGAUCGGGAAGCUACAGCUGUAUAUUGGGCAUUCAAACGAUUUUAUCACUAUCUUUAUGGGAGAAAAUUUACCCUUAUCAUAGACAACAAGCCGCUUGAAAGAAUAUUUCAUCCGAACAAGGCAUUGCCUAUUAUGUCCGCACACAGACUCAUCAGGUAUGCUGAGUUUAUUAGUGGGUUUGAUUACGAAAUACAACAUAGGGCUUCAAAAGAACAUGCUAAUGUUGAUUAUUUUUCAAGAAACCCUGUCCCACUAGAUACAGAGUUGAUUAACUUUUUGGAAGACUCUUAUCAGGUGAACCAGUUGACAAUUUCAGUGAUCACAGAAUCACCUACUAUAACGUAUAACAAAAUUGUGCAAGAAACUGAACAGGAUGCAGAACUCAGAAACCUUAAGAAUAAACUGAUCAAUGGCGAAAUACAGAAUCCAGAAUUUACUGUACAUUCAGGCAUCGUCAUGAGAGGAACUCGAGUUUACGUUCCAGAAAAAUUACGGCCAACAAUUUUGAAGGAAUUACAUGCAACACACAUAGGUGUAGUAAAAAUGAAAGGAAUAGCCAGAUCUCUAUGCUAUUGGCCAGGAAUUGAUGCCGAAAUCGAAGCUCUUGUUAAAGCAUGCCGCAGUUGUGCAGAAGUAAAGAAAAGUCCAGAAAAAGCACCGCUACAUACGUGGCAAGAACCAGAACUACCAUGGCAGCGGAUACAUGCAGACUAUGCUGGUCCAUUUAAAGAACACUAUUUCUUUGUUGUGGUCGAUGCAAAAACGAAAUGGGUUGAAAUUUCCAUAUCUACUAGAGCACCAACCUCAAAAUCAACUAUCCUGGCUCUAGAUGAAAUUUUUUCUAGAAAUGGAUUACCACAUGACUUAGUAACAGAUAAUGCCACCAAUUUUAAAUCCCAAGAAUUUAUCAAUUUUUGCAGAACAAAUGGCAUACAACAGAAAUUUUCUGCACCAAAUCACCCAGCAACGAAUGGACUUGCUGAACGCACUAUACAAACCAUGAAGCAAAAACUUAAAGCUAUGAGUGAAGAACCAGGAACUCUAAGAGAGAAAUUAAAUGCAUUUCUUUUCAAGUAUAGGAGUACACCUUUAAAUAAUGGAAAAACACCAGCUGAACUUUACAUGAAUAGGAAACUACGAACUCGACUUCAUUUGAUUCAACCUCCUAUUGAUAAUACAGAUACACAAGAAACGUUUCCAGUUAGAAAAUUUUAUCCAGGAAGUAGAGUUCAAGCUCGAAAUUAUUCCGGUCCUGAAAUGUGGAAAUUUGGAACAGUUAUAAAGAAAUUAGGAAGAUUGCAUUAUCUCAUAAAACUUGACCAUGGGUAUAUACUUAAGAGACAUAUCAAUCAGUUAAGGGAAACUGAAGUUUUUGAUACAACACCUCCAGGAAUGGGAAAAUCAUGGAAUUUCACACCGAAAUCAGAAAAAACUAGUACAUUCUCGAAUCUUCAUAAACCAGAAGACAUGCAAGGUCAAGAACAUGUUACUUCAGAUGAAGUAUUUGAAGAAACGCAGAAUAAUAGUAGCAUUGAAGAGCAUUCCCCAGGAAGUCAUAGGGACUCUAAUGCAGGAGAGGCAUCCAGUAUGCAACCUUUGCGUCGUUCGCGACGGGAAAGAAAACCUAUUGAUCGUUUGAAUUUGUGA